CCCACCCCGCACCGCAAUUCCCCACCCCCGCCCCGUCCCAUCUCGCCGAAACCCUAGCUCCGUCCACCUCGCCGCCGAUGGGGAAGGGCCGCCCCCUCCCGGCCACCACCACCUCCGCCGCCGGCUGCGCCUCCGCCCCGGAGGCAUACGCCUCCGUGCCCGAGGCCCCCGUCUUCCGCCCGACGGAGGAGGAGUUCGCGGACCCGCUAGCGUACAUCGCGCGCAUCCGCCCCGCCGCCGAGUCCUACGGGGUCUGCCGCAUCGUGCCGCCGCCGUCCUGGUCGCCGCCCAGGGCGCUCGACGCCUCCGCCCUCAACUUCCCCGCCAAGCGGCAGCCCAUCCACCGCCUCCUCGCGCGCCCGGCCCCGGCCGACCGGGACACCUUCCUCCUCGACUACACCCGGUUCCUCCGCGCCCGGGCCGACGCCGGGCCGCCGCGCCGGGGCCGCAAGAGGACCGCGCCCCCCAGGCCGCCCGCCCUCUCCGACGGCCGCCCGCUCGACCUCUGCCGCCUCUUCCACGCCGUUAAGCGCUUCGGCGGCUACGACGGCGCCUGCGAGGGCCGCCGCUGGGACGACGUCGUCCGCCUCGUCGACGACAAGGCGCCGCCCCGGCACGUGCCCGAGUGCGCCAAGCACGUCCUCGCGCAGCUCUACUACGAGCAUCUCUACGACUACGAGAAGUUCACCAACGGCAGAUCCGCGAAGCAGGCAGAUGCAAAGCUCGAGCUUGACAACCAGCCGUCGGUUUCUGGUUCUGGAGGAGAGAUGGAUGAGGAGGAGGCUUCCGGCGUCAGCAGCAGCGGCCGGAAGAGGAGAAAUCAAACGGCCGCCGGACUGGCUUCUAAUGAGCGCCAUGGUAACAGCAGCGGCACUCCCGGGAAGAAUGCAGGGUCUGCCGGGGCUCGCAAGCCGAAGAAGAUAAAGCUUGAUGCAGAGGUCAGCCAAGACGAUCAGGUCUGCGAGCGGUGUGACAGUGGGUUGCAUGGAGACUCCAUGCUGCUGUGCGACCGCUGUGAUAAAGGGUGGCAUAUGUACUGUUUAUCACCUCCGCUCGAGAGUGUGCCUCCGGGGAACUGGUACUGCUCGGACUGCAAGAACCCUGACAGUGAUUGUUUCGGAUUCGUCGAAAGGAGGAACACCUGUCAGCUUGAUGCUUUCAAGCGAUUUGAUGACAAGGUGAGAAGGAAGUGGUUUGGGCCAAGGCCUCCUAGCCGUGUUCAGGUCGAGAAGCUGUUUUGGGAGAUUGUGGAGGGCAAGGCAGGGGAGCUGGAGGUUAUGUAUGGGAGUGACAUUGACACUUCGGAUUACGGAAGUGGGUUUCCUCGCCUUGGCGAUCCGGUGCCAGCAUCAGUGGAUCCAGAGGUGUGGCACAAGUACUGCUCCAGCCCUUGGAAUCUCAACAAUUUUCCCAACCUGCCAGGUUCAGUUCUUCGGACCGUCAAGGAUAAAAUUCCUGGUGUAAUGGUCCCGUGGCUCUACAUGGGGAUGCUGUUUUCAUCAUUUUGUUGGCAUGUUGAGGACCAUUGCUUUUAUUCAAUUAAUUAUUUACAUUGGGGCGAGCCAAAAUGUUGGUAUGGGGUACCUGGAGCGGAGGCAAAUGCUUUUGAGCGGGUUAUGCGCAAGGCUUUACCUGAUCUAUUUGAUGCACAACCUGACCUACUAUUUCACCUCGUCACAAUGCUGAAUCCGUCAGUUUUACAAGCAAAUGGUGUUCCUGUUUACAGUGUCAUGCAGGAGCCUGGCAACUUCGUGAUUACUUUUCCAAGGUCUUACCAUGGUGGUUUCAAUUUAGGAUUAAAUUGUGCCGAGGCUGUUAAUUUUGCUCCUGCUGACUGGUUGCCUCAUGGUGGAAUUGGAGCUGAACUGUACCGUAUGUACCGAAAGGCACCUGUUUUGUCCCAUGAAGAGCUUUUGUAUGUGGUCGCAAAGAAUGGUGUGGACAAUAAAUCACUUUCCUACUUAAAAGAAGAAGUUGAGAGGGUAUUUGUUAAAGAGAAAAAAUGUCGAGAGGAGCUAUGGAUUAAUGGGAUUAUCAAAUCCAGUCCAAUGCAGCCAAGGAGUAACCCAAAUUUUAUUGGAAAUGAAGAGGAUAAGAAGUGCAUCAUAUGCCAACAGUACCUGUAUCUAUCAGCGGUUUCCUGUAGCUGUAGGACUUCUCAUGUUUGCCUUGAGCACUGGAAGCACCUUUGUGAAUGCAGUCCAGAGAAGCGUCGCUUACUUUACCGCCACACCCUUGCAGAGUUGGGUGAUUUAGCUUCCGAGGUCAAGGCUAGUCUCUCAGGGGAGAAUGUUAAGCAGAGCCCCUUGUUGCUUAAUGACAUCCCCACGCCAUCUAAAAAGGGCAAAGAUCAGCAUGUGUCAUAUGCACAACUUGCUAAGGACUGGCUUUCAAAAUCUGAUCAUAUUCUCCAUAUGCCAUUCUUGGAUACUGCAUAUUCCACUGCCUUGGAAGCUGCUGAACAAUUUCUGUGGGGUGACCAUGACAUGGACUCUGUUCGAAACAUGGCACUAAAAUUAACCGAGGCUAAAAAAUGGGGUCUGAGUGUUAGAAAUUGCCUUUCCAAAAUCGAUGAAUGUUUGCUUCGUAAAGACAAGUGUUCUGAGAAAGUAAAGUAUGUGGAUAUCAAAGAAUUAAUUGCUGUGAGAUGUGAAGCAUCUAGUGAACCUGGUCUUGCACAGCUGCAGGACUAUGCAGAGAGAGGAAAAGUGCUGAUUAGUGAAAUAAACAUUGCAUUAUCAUCCUGCUCAACGGUUGACCACUUGGAAGCGCUGUGCUCUCGGGCUUCUGAAUUCCCUGUCGAGCUAACUGAAACAUCAAUGUUGUCUUGUGAGAUUUCUUCUGCAAAGUCUUGGUUGAAGAAAGCACGUGAUUUACUUGAAGUGAAUAAACUGGGCGUCAUUGACAUAGAUUGCCUGAAUACUCUGAAAUUAGAGAUGACACAACUUCGAGCUCUAGUUCCAGAAGUUGAUCUUGUUUCAAAACUGUGGAAAGAAGCUGAAUCAUUGAGAAUGCAGUGUCAGUCAUAUCUCCAAGACUCACCUGGUCUAAAGGAACUGGAGAGUUUCCUCCUUCCAUUGGAUGGUACCAAGUUCAACAUUCCAGAGCUGAACCUUCUUAAGCAACGUUAUUCAGGUGCUUGCUCCUGGGCAAGUCAUGUUAAUAGCAUCCUCACAAAACUUUUUGAAAGGAAUGACUACCACAACAUUGUUGAGGAGUUGACAGCCAUUCUAAAGGACGGCAAAUCACUGAGAGUAAAAGUGGACGAACUGCCAUUUGUUGAAAAAGAAUUAAAGAGGUCCUCCUGCAGGAAGCAAGCAUCCGAGGCUCUUGCAACACAAAUGUCCCUGCAGUUUAUUAAAGAAAUUCUGAUACAAGCCUCCAUAUUAACUAUUGAAGAGGAGCAACCAUUCGUUGGUCUGUCGGAGGUGCUAAAAAAUGCCACUGCUUGGGAAGAGAAGGCUCAACGUAUGCUUGAGCAGUCAGCUUCUCUCUCUGAGUUUGAGGAUCAUAUCCGGUGGUCAGAGGAUAUAAAAGCUAUACUUCCAUCUGAACAAGUUAUGAAAACAGAGAUUAUUGCUGCUAGGUUGUGGAUGGACAAAUGUCAGGCCUAUCUGAGACCUAGAUGUGAUAGACUUGGAUUUGGAGUUUGUCUUAAAGUUGAUGACUUGAAGGAUUUAGUCUGUCAGCCUGCAACUAUGAAAGUCAUUCUCGACACUUCUGCACUUAAUUCUGUUCUCAGUAAUAUUGAAGAGUGGGAACAGAAUUCACAAAGUCUGCUAAGCAGUUUAAGAACCCUAGUGCAUUUGAAUGUGAUUGGCUCUACAGUUGACCCACUUGAAAGAGAUUUGGAGGAGCUGCAAAGUAAAAUUAGUGCAGAAAUAGAAAGUGGAUUAUCUCUUGGUUUUGAGUUAAAGGUUCUUAAUGAAUUGAAAGAUUCUUUGGUGACACUUGGAUGGAUGUUGACAGCACUAUCUUUCUGCUGCAGGAUUCCCUUGUUAGAGGCUAUUGAUCGAGCAAUUGAAGAAGCUGUCCACCUUCCUGCAUCAUUGUCAAGCUGCCCUUUAGCUACAUUGUUGAUGAGCGGAUUAUCUUGGCUAAGGAAAGCACUUGUUUUGCUUCCUGGUUCUGAAAACUCUGUAAAAUAUAGACUGGAAGAUGUCGAAAAUGUUUUGGCAGAACAUCAGGAAAUUGCUGUUCCUUAUUCUAUGAUGACUGCCAAGCUUGAGGAUGCUAUAAACAAACAUAAGUCAUGGACAGAGCAAUGUAAUGCCUUCUUUACAUCGCGCGAUCACCAAUCUUGGACUGAACUACUAAGGCUCAGAGACAGUGGUCGGUCUGUCGCACUUGAUUGUUGUGAAAUGGAUAGGGUUGUUCUCGAUAUUAAAAAGAUUGAUGGGUGGUUCAAUCAGUGCCGCUGUACUCUUUCUCCUGAUGUCACUGAUAAUGGAUCUGUGCUCUCCAUGCUUCUGAAGAUCAGAGGAUCAUUGGACAAUGCUUCUAUGUUUUAUGCUGAGGAUUGUAAGAGGAAAGGGUUCUGUGUCAUCUGUUCAUGCGACGUGGGAGAUGAUGUAGCCUCCAGCUGUGUAAUAUGUCAAGACUGGUACCACAGCUUUUGUGCCGAACCACUGCUUGCUUCUAAACGAACAACCACUGAAUAUAUUUGUCCAUUUUGCUUCUGUUUAGAAAGCGGGGAUCCAUUAGAGAAAGGAAUACAAGAGAAGAUCUCUAAAGGGAACCGUCCUGCUCUUAGUGCACUUAGUGAACUCCUCAGUUCUACAAAGGGUUUCUACACAGGAAUUGAGGAGUUGCAUUUGUUGGAAGAAAUUAUCAAGAAGGGUUGUGACUUUAAGUCCUCUUUGGUGCAAAUUUUGCAUGACGUGGAUUCUUGCAAUGGGAAUGAUCUUAGUGUGAUGUGCAAACCUCUUCUGGUUGCUCUAAAGGCAACAUCAGCUGCUGGCUUAUAUGAUCAGCAGAUCAACCGUAACAUUGAGUUGGUAUUGAACAGAUAUAUAUGGAAGAAACGAAUUCAUAAAAUCUUGUACGGUGGAAAAAAGGCAUCGAUCCAACACGUGAUACGCCUUGAUAAAGAGGGUUCAAAUUUAGAGAUAUCUGGUGAAGAUUUCUUCAAGUCACAGAUUUGUGAAAUAAAGGAAACCAGUCAGCAGUGGCUAGCCAAAGCAGGAAAGGCUGCGUUUGAUUGUGGCGAGCUUCCACUUGAUCUUGUAUAUGAGCUUAUUGUUCAAGGGGAAAAUCUAUCUGUACAUGUUGAGAAGGAACUAAAGUUACUCAGAGAUCGGAGCAUUCUUUAUUGCAUUUGCCGCAAGCCAUAUGAUAACAGGGCCAUGAUAGCAUGUGAUCAGUGUGACGAGUGGUAUCAUUUUGAUUGCAUCAACUUGUGUGGCCCCCCACCAAAAACAUUCUAUUGUCCUGCUUGCAGUCCUAAUAAUGGCGAAGGGUUUAUAUCACUUCCCCGGUCAGCCAGGGAGGAGGAUAGAUCAAGCGCCGAAGCAGGACCUCACACUCCUCCAGCAUCUGGUGACGAACCAGAAACUGUGGAGGAUAAUAAGUGUAGCAGCAACACCCGGGAGAAAUCCCAGGUUAGGGUAGAUUUGGUAAAGCUUCUGCGUCAAGAUAGCGAAAUAGACAACACUUGGCGGGACGGCAAAAGGAUUCCCCACAGAACAGCCAGAAGACGUAGCGAUUUCAUGGGACAUUCCCAAGACAUUUCUUCCCCUUUUAAAGGCCCUAAUUUGUAGCAUGUACAAAUUCUUCUUCAGGCUAGUUUUUUUUCCCUUUCCAAUUCUUUCAUAUGCUUAUGGCUGAUCAACUUCUGAAAAUGGCGGGUUUGCGCCACCAGUUUUGAUCUUGCCAUCGGUUGUAGCUUGCCAGAAACAGUCUGUGCUGGUUAGUGGUAGCCUGACUAGCGUUGCACUGGUUUUUUUUACCCCAGUAACCAAUACAUGAUUCCUGUUAGGGCUCGACGGCACAUCCAUUGUAUAUGAUGUGUAAAGGUUCGAGCUGUAGUGCAUUUGAUGUUAGCAUUCCUGUAAAAGCAAAGUGUACUCUUUACCUGUGAAAAGAAGUUUCUUUAUUAAUAAAAGAUGAAGUUCGAUUUGCA